GAAGCUCCAAGCAAACAGGAGGAGGAGGAGGAGGCAGCCACGAAGAUUCAGGCAAUCCAUCGGGGCAACCUCGCGCGCAAGGACGGCCGCUGCAAGCAGCCGGAGAAGGCGGCGAAGGCAGCUCAAAGCAAGACAGAGGAGGAAGCAGCCACGAAGAUCCAGGCCAUCCACCGCGGAAACCUCGCGCGCAAGGACGCUCGGAGCACCGAGAAGCAGAAUGCGACUGAGCAGGAACGCCCGGGGCGCAGCAGCAAAGGCAGCCGCUCUCUCAGGGCCAGCAUCGUGGAGAUGGCCGGCCCGAAGCACAGCGCCGAGCGAGCCUCGCGCACACGGCGGCACGCGGAGACCGCCAAGUCCUCACGCAGUGGCAGCGCAGGUCACUCCCCUCGACGAAGCCGGAGCUCGCAGGGCAGCGAGUCCGACCGAAGCCCCAGCGCAGGCAGAGACCCGGCGGCGAAGUUGUACGCCAUGCCAUCGUCGCUGGCAACUCCAGCCACCCCGGUCUCCUGGCUCGUCGAGGAGUUCGGAGGGGCUACGAGCUCCCGUGCGACGACGCCCUCGCCACGCCCCGUGUCUCCAAAGCGCAGCGCCUCAGCACCCAACUCGGCGCGAGUUCGCCCGAACUCUGGUGCAGCGCUGCGCCAAUUCCGUGCCGAGCUCUUGCGCCGAGAAGGAUCUUUUGCUGCUGGCUGGAGAAGAAUCUUGGACAGCUCCGCAACCGGCUUUGUGACGCAUGCAGAGUUCUGCGAAGCGUGUCGCCGAAUGAACUAUCGUGGCAAUAUCCGUGACGCCUGGCAUGAACUGGAUGCUGAUGGGUCCGGCAAGGCCACGAUCUGCGAGCUCGAUUGGCCCACUGCCGAGGUGCUGGGGAAGUUCACCACCGCUCUCGCUUCGCGCUUUGGCGGCGUGGACCAGGCCGCGAAAUCCUGGGGCCUGCGUGGCGGCCGGCGGCUCCGAAAGGAGGAGUUCCGGUCCCUCCUCUCGGGCAUCCUGGAGCCACGCGAGGCUGACAGCAUCUUUCGAAUGAUCUGCUGCCACGACACGUUGGCCAGGCCGUCCGUCCGUGCCGAGGACCUUCGCUGGCUGCAACAACUGAGCCCGUCCCUGCCUCGCGUUGCGGCGAAUCGCGUCGAACCCGGGAUGCUGGCAGCCGAGCAGCUAAACGAGCCCGGGCUGGCCUUCCAGACACCGGGCGAGGUUCCAUCAGAAGCAGUUGGUGAACCAUCCGGGUCAGUGGCUCCCUUAGAGCCGGGCGAGACGAGCCCCAGGACUCCGCGAACUCCCAGAAGUGCCUCGCAGCCUCUGACGAAGCGUCAGGAGCCGGGAGACGAAGGGUUCAUGCGGUUGACCAGGGAGGACCUCUACAACCGGCUCUAUCGUGAGGCGAAGGACUUCCACAAGAGAAAGCAGGAGAAGCACGAGAAAGAGGGCCUGUUUAAGAAGCCAGAGCCCAACCUGUCUGCAGCGCAGACCGGAAGCACGGCAUACUUCAAGCGCCUCUACAAUAAGGGGCUCCUGCAAAAGGCACAGCAGGAGGAGAGGCGGCAGAGACUGGAGAGGGAAGCUGACGAGCACUUCCGGAAGCCUCGACAGCCCCGGAGGGACGUCCCUUCCUGGCUGCACAAAGCCAAUCCGGAGCUCUCGGCAAAGCUACAGGAGCCAGUGUGGACGAGGUUGCAGAAGCCUCGCGAACCGAAAAAGGAGGAGCCCACGCCUGUGGCGACGCCGCGACACCUCACUGUCGAAUCCGUCUCGACUGCAGCUUGCCGAGCUGAUGUGGCAGCCGCGGCAGCGGAUCGCCUAUACUCGCAAGCCCAGAAAAGAAAGGAACGACAGAGGAAGAAGAAGGAUGCCGAGGAUGGGCUGCAUGCCAUCAAGGAAAAGAAAGAGAAGGAAGUCAAGCUCACCAAGGAGCGCCAGAAUGAUCUCGUCCUGCGGCUGCACAACUAUGGUCAGGAGAAGCAGAAGGAGGCGAUGGAGAAGCGUGAGGAAGCCAGAAAGGUGGCCGAGGAAGAAGUCCGGCAGCUCGCAGACCGCCGCCGCGGAAAGAGCAACAAGGUGCGGCCGGAGACUUUCUUCCGCCUGCAUCUCGAUGGGUUGCAGAGGGAAGAGGCUUUGGCCGAGCGUCGCAAGAUGAAGGAGAUGGAAGAGGAACACAGGCUCAAGGCAGAAAGCAUUCACUGCGGAGCUGCUCCGAAUCCGGACGUCUUCCACAUGCUCCACACGUCAUACAAUGCAAAGCAAGGGCGCGUUGUCAGCAAGACGGCAGAGGCAGAGGAAGACGAGGCCGAGGCAGCCUCGGCAGCCUCGGAGGAAGGGUCCGAGCACUUCGACACCGAAGUCGAGCAGGCCCUUGAUCUAAGCGCCUGGAAGCUCUCUCAGGGCCCGCGGUCACCAGAUGAUGGAGGCGGCGAAGACGAUCCACAUCCAAGGUCAAGGGGGUCAUCCGAUCGCCGCAAAAGCAACGAGGAGGAUCGAGCAUCGACGUUGCAGGAGCUCCGAGAGGUAAGGCGCAGCCGGCUGGCGAUGAACGACUGGAUGGAGAUGCAGAAGCGUGAGCUGAAGGCUGGCGACGAUCGCUUCAGGACUCCGCCCGGUGCCAGCAUCGCUCCUGGUGAGAGGCCUGCCGACUCGCCUUCCCUGGAAGGUGGGCCAGAAAGCGACGAGAGGGCCCUGCAAGCGCUGCUGCAAAGGAGACCGGGCUCGGUGCCAGGUGGCAAGCGCCGUUCCGUUGCAGCAACCCUGCUCUCGAAGGAGCUCUUCGGCUCUGACGACGAGAAGGAUGACCCGCUCCCCUCACAGUCUUCGCACGACGCCGAUCCCCUCUGGGGUGCCGUAUCAGACAUCGUCUCCUGGAAGCGCAAGGAUGAAGCAACCUGA